GCGGUAUCUUUCUGCGCCGUUACUCUCACAGUUGCGGUACCUUUGCGCCGCUACUCGCACAGUUACGGCGCAGCAGCUGACCAGUGUUUGGCGACAGCAUCUCCUCCAGACGAUGGACGAACUCGGAUAAACAUCGCGCUACUAUCUGCCUGUGGACGUCUCUGCUCGCUGUUAUCAAGCCCCUGCUUGCCGCCGCUGAGGUGUCUUCGUUCCCCACACGAUCUGGUUGUGUGUGUAUGUUCCAGACUAAGAUGACCCAGUGGGACCAGCGGGGAAAGUAGAUGGCGUCCAAAGUGAAAGAUGCGGUGGUCUGGUACCAGAAGAAGAUCGGCGCCUACGAUCAGCAGAUUUGGGAGAAAUCAGUGGAGCAGCGUGAAAUCAAGGGCUUAAGGAACAAGCCAAAGAAGACGGGCCAUGUGAAACCAGACCUGAUCGAUGUGGACCUGGUCAGAGGGUCAGCCUUCGCCAAAGCCAAACCAGAGAGUCCGUGGACAUCACUGACCCGAAAGGGUAUUGUGCGAGUGGUCUUCUUCCCCUUCUUCUACCGCUGGUGGAUCCAAGUCACAUCAAGAACCAUCUUCCUGCUGCUGCUGGUCCUCUACUCGCUCCAAGUGGCAGCUGCAGUCCUAUAUGUCAGCGUACAGCAGCCUCAUGGCGUCCCAGCCACCGAAGUGUUCGGCGCCAUUUGGCUCAUGUUGUUACUUGGAACUGUCCACUGCCAGAUUGUAUCCACUCGGACCCCGAAACCUGCUGUCAGCGCAGGUGGCAAGAGGCGCAGGAAGUUGAGGAAGGCCUCUCAGAUGGAGGUGCAUAGGGAAGGCGACGGGUCUAGCACUACCGAUAACACACAGGAGGGGGCGCCACUGCCCCACUCAGCCACCACACCGCACAGCCUCGGCGCUCUCUUCAAAGAUUUCUGGCGUGAUUUCUGUAAAGUUGGGUCCAAGAAAUCCAAACUGUCGCUGGACAAGUCAACGGAGACCGACAAUGGCUAUGUGUCCCUGGAUGGUCGUGUGACUACCCGCAGCAGCGAAGAGGGUCUGCAGCUGCACGGUCAGCGCUGCGACCUCCCACCUGCUGCCGAUGACACGUGCUGGAGCUCUCGCACCUCCUCUGCUCGCUCUCACUUACCACGAGGUGCUGCAAUGAUCAUUGCUGCGAGCAAGGACCCUGUGUCCGAUGAAGUGUCCAGUGAGGAGGACCCAGAGGUGUCCUACAGCGCCCUCCGAAGAGGGGUGGAGAGGAUGAGCAGCGAGUGUGCCCUCCGGAAUCGGAGGAGUUCGCAUCAUUACAAGAAGCACUACACUGUGGAGGAUGUCCCAAAGUCUGGUACUAGCUGUAGCUCCCGGUGCUCCAGUCUGAGAACCCCUGACUCAGAGAGCACGAGACACGAGUCUGAGACGGAGGACCUGCUGUGGGAGGACUUCCUUCACUGUGCAGAGUGUCGCUCGUCCUGCACAUCAGAGACCGAGGGAGAAGGAGUGGCUGCCGCCGCUGUCUGUCCUUCUGCUAAGAGGGAGUACAGAGAUGACCCCUUCCAUCAGGGCCACGCCUGGUUGCACAGCUCGAACCCCGGGCUGGAGCGCGUCAGCGCCAUCGUGUGGGAAGGAAACGAGUGUAAGAAAGCGGACAUGUCGGUGCUGGAGAUCAGCGGGAUGAUCAUGAACCGAGUCAACCUUUAUACUCCAGGGAUUGGAUACCAGGUGUUGGGGAACCUGGUGGCAGUCAUUUUGGGGCUGACACCAUUUGCCUACCGACUGGCACAGUACCGUGACCUGGACCAGCUGACGACACUCUCGGCCCAUGAGCUUCUGUCUGUAGCUCUGGGCGGGCCUGGGUCAGGCGCCCUGGUUGCCACCAUGGUGACUUUGAGCUUUGUGGUGCGGAUCUGCCUAAUCUGGCUCUUCUUCUUCCUGCUCAGUGUGGCUGAGCGGACCUACAAGCAGAGGCUACUUUUCGCCAAACUGUUUGGACACCUGACGUCCGCCCGCAGAGCCAGGAAGUCUGAAGUACCUCAUUUUAGACUGAAGAAGGUCCAGAACAUCAAGAUGUGGCUGUCCCUGCGAUCCUACCUGAAGAGACGAGGACCGCAGCGCUCCGUGGACGUGAUCGUAUCCUCUGCUUUCCUGCUGACCCUCUCUGUGGUCUUCAUCUGCUGCGCCCAGCUGCUCCAUGUGCAUGAGACCUUCCUGGAGUGCCACUACAACUGGGAGCUGGUGAUCUGGUGCUCCAGUCUUUCUCUCUUCCUGCUCCGCUUCGUCACGCUGGGCUCAGAGACCAGUAAGAAGUACAGCAACACGUCCAUCCUGCUGACUGAACAGAUCAACCUGUACCUGAAGAUGGAGAAGAAGCCCAACAAGAAGGAGGAGCUGACGCUGGUCAACAACGUGCUCAAGCUCGCCACAAAACUGCUGAAGGAGCUGGACGUUCCCUUCAGACUUUACGGUCUGACCAUGAACCCGCUUCUCUACAACAUCACCCAGGUGGUCAUCUUGUCGGCAGUGUCCGGUGUCAUCUCUGACCUGCUGGGUUUCAACCUGAAGCUGUGGAAGAUCAAGUCGUGAUUGUGCUACGAAGACUCGUCUCAGUGAGAGUUGUUUUGUUUCCCUCUCAGACUCUAGUUUUCAAUGUUUGAAGUUAUUUGACUGAAGAAUGUAGAGGAACGUUCAACAGCGCGUGUGUCUGCGCGAUGGUACUUGAAGCUCAACGAGCAGGACUGAAGUGUGGCGACGCUGAAGCUCAACAGUUCUCUUAGUUCUCAUACACCGUGACGGUCCGACUGACCGGCCUCACAGUCAAGUCACGAGUCUGGUGCUGCGGUGUGUCGCACGCUCGGAGGAAGUCGUACACGAGUGAAACGUGCACUUUAAUCUGUGUGUGUGCAUGUAUGUGUGUGUGUGUAUGAAGAAUCACCGUUGCACGUGUGAUGUCAUUGUGAAGAGGAAACCAAAGUGCUGAAGUUUGUUUGCAGCUUUAUUCUUUUUUUCUGGAACCGUCUGUGUUUCUGUGUUGUUGACAGUUUUAAUAAAUAAAGACGUCAUCAAAC